UAAACACUUCCUGAAGCCGAGACAAGAAUGAACCAGGCAGUCUCACUCUGUCUCACUUGAGAGGAGACAAGGGCGUAGCAGCAGCCAGGUGUACGUGUGAAGGGCAGGCAGGGAGCUCCAGGAAGCACCAGCAUGUGGCAGGAGCUGCUUCUGACACUCACUGUCUUCCUUCCUGCAGUGCCAGUAAGUGCUAUAAAAGAUCACCCUGUUAUAAAGAAGUAUGACGUGGUCUAUCCUGUCAGACUUCAUCCAGUCCAUAAAAGGGAGGUCAAAGAUCCACAGCAAAAGGGAAAAUUUGAAACUGAAUUAAAGUAUAAAAUGACAGUUGAUGGAAAAAUUGCAGUGCUUUAUUUGAAACAAAACAAGAAUCUCCUUGCACCAGGCUACACGGAAACAUAUUAUAAUUCCACAGGAAAAGAAGUCACCACCAGUCCACAAAUCAUGGAUGACUGCUAUUAUCAAGGACAUAUCCUUAAUGAAAAACUUUCCGAUGCUAGCAUCAGCACAUGCAGGGGUCUGAGGGGCUACUUCAGCCAAGGAGAUGAGAGGUACUUCAUUGAACCUUUAAGUUCCACAAACCAGGAUGAACAGGAACAUGCACUCUUCAAGUAUGAUCCUGAUGAAAACAAAGCCAGCAGCUCCUGUGGAAUGGACGAUUUGUUAUGGGCACAUGGAUCACAGCAGAAUGUGGACCUGCCUGCCUCCAGACUGGUUAAAUUGAAUGACCAGAAAGUUCAAGAGCGUAAGAAAUAUAUAGAAUAUUAUUUGGUCCUGGAUAAUGGUGAGUAUAAAAAAUACAAUGAAAACCCAGAGGAAAUAAGAAACAGGGUGUUUGAGAUGGCCAAUUACGUCAACAUGCUCUAUAAAAAGCUCAAUACUCAUGUGGCCUUAGUUGGUGUGGAAAUCUGGAGUGAUGAAGAUAAGAUAAAUAUAUCUCCAAAUGCAAGCUUCACUUUGGAAAAUUUUUCUAAAUGGAGAGGCAAUGUUCUCCUACGGAGAAAACGUCAUGAUAUUGCUCAGUUGAUCACAGCAAAAGAACUUUCUGGAACAACUGUGGGCCUUGCUUUCAUGUCUACCAUGUGCUCUCCUUAUCAUUCUGUUGGGAUUGUUCAGGACCACAGUGACAAUCUUCUUAGAGUUGCUGGAACAAUGGCCCAUGAAAUGGGUCACAACUUUGGAAUGUAUCAUGAUUCCUAUGUUUGCAAGUGCCCUUCUACAAUAUGUGUGAUGGACAAAUCACUGAGCUUCUAUAUCCCUACAGACUUCAGUUCCUGUAGCCGUGUCAGCUAUGACAAGUUCUUUGAGGAAAAGUUAUCAGACUGCAUCUUUAAUGUUCCAUCCCCUAAAGAUAUUAUAUCCAUACCAAUCUGUGGCAACCAAUUGGUAGAAUUAGGAGAAGACUGUGACUGUGGGACCCCUGAGGAAUGUACCAACAUUUGCUGUGAAGCUAAAACAUGUAAAAUCAAAGCAGGUUUUCAAUGUGCGUUAGGAGAAUGCUGUGAAAAAUGCCAACUUAAAAAGGCUGGGAUGGUUUGCAGACCUGCAAAAGAUGAGUGUGACCUGCCUGAAAUGUGUGAUGGUAAAUCCAAUAAUUGCCCUGACAAUAGAUUCCGAGUCAAUGGCUUCCCUUGCCAGAAUGGGAAGGGCUACUGUCUGAUGGGAACUUGCCCCACACUGCAGAAGCAGUGCACGGAACUCUGGGGACCAGUCUGACCUUCUGCAUCUCAAGUAAAUGUAAAGAAAUUUAAUUUCAAAACAAAGCAAACUCCUUUUUUAUUACUGGAAUGUCCUGUGCAAUGUUUGAUAUAUAUUUGUACAAAACUAAGCAAAAUAAACCCAACUUCAUUUAUCUGAAAUUCAAAUUAAACUGGACAUUUUGUAUUUUAUCUGGCAACCCUAAGAUUUUUCAAAGACAAGUUGAUUCUUGGAAGUCUGUGUGUGUGUGCAUGGGUGUGUGUGUGUAUAGGGGUGUUGGUGCCAGGAGAAAGAAAAGGGGGAAAAAGAAGAGCAGGGAAGAAGAGGAGCAAUGAGGUAAAGUGUCACGUUGUCCACUAGAAUCUUAGAGGUUAUGCUCUUUGACUAUACCAGGAAGAAAACUUUAAAUAUAAGUUUCUAGCAUAAAGACCUCUGAAAUUAUAAACUGAAAUAUAAAUUGCCUUAAGUAACCUGAUUAGAAAGGCAAGUUCAUAUCAUAUAUAUGAUCUUGCAUGCGGAAUUAAAAGGUUGCUCUCUUAGAAGUAUUGAGUAGAAUAGUAGUUUCCAAGUGGGGAUAGUUGUGGAGAUGUUGAUUAAAGGAAAUACAAUUUCUCUUUAAGAAAGACAAUUUAAAAACUGAAUUACUUGAACGUCCUAGCUAUGAAGUAUAUUGUAUAUGUGUAAUUAAUUGUCAUAUCUUUUCCUGCUUAUACUUUCAGAGUCUGAUUCAAAUUGUGGAGGAAUUUUUUUAAUAGAGAAAAUAGACAUACUCCUAAAUUUAUUGAAGGGAAUCAUUCCGUGCUAGAAACUUUUCAUAAUUCCUGAAAAUACACCUGCAAUGAGAUUGAAGAAAGCAGUAAAAAUUCCUGAUUCACAAUACACUUAGUGAAAAGGAAUCUGGGAUACAAGUGAACAACAUCCUAGAGGAUCCCUCAGUGAUAUUCUGUGUCCAGCAAAGCUGGGCUGAGAAACACUUUAGGGAGCAAAGCUCAAAACACUAGUAUGUCAGGAAGUGAGUUGGUGCCUUGGAAUCUGGCCCCAGCAAUCCUGCUUAGACUUCCUGCAGACGGAUAUGCUAAAUUAAAAGUGGAAAUAUAAUUGACUUGGCUGGUUAAAGAUUUUAAUGCUUCCUUGGUUGAUUUCAAUGUUCUUUAGCACUGAGGUGAAGUCCUGAGCAUCUCCCUUAUGAUCUGGUAAUAAGUGACUGCAAUAAAUGUUAACUGUUCUUUUCUUUUGCCUCCCUCCAUUAUCCAUCUCCUCUGUAACUAUAAACUUCCUAGUACAGGAACAGUCUCUUGUUCACAAUUGUAUUCCCAGUGACAAUUGUAUAGCACAGUGCCUUACUUUAGGAAAUAUUCAAAAUUAUUAAAUUAAUGUUGACUAUAUGAUAUUGGAAAGAGGAAGACCUUUUAAAUCAUAGGUUUAAAGGAAGUCAUUCAAAAGAACAGAGAAAUAGAAUUGCCUAAAUAAAAUGACUAAUGCUACACUUCAUAAAGGGAGACAAAUUUAUUUUCAGUUGCUCUGUAAAGUUUGAAAAGUUUUGUACCAUAUCUAAGUAUUAAAAUAUCACUAUUUUUAAUAUAAAGUCAUUCCUAUCAAUUGAAAUGUCAAGAAUUGAAAAUGUGGCUAAGGCAUAAGAAGGCAAUUUAUCAUGAAAAAGAAAUACAAAUGUCCCACAAAUUUUAAAUCAUUCCAACUUACUACUUUGAAAAAAUAUGAAUAUGGGCAGAGUGCCAAUUAGCACACCCAUGUUCCACAACAGAGUGCCUGAGUUCCAUUAUGAAACCCAGCUCCUGAAUCCUCCUUCCUGCCAGUGCAGACCCAGGGAAGACAGAGGUGAUGUUUCAAGUAGUUGGAUUCCAGCCACCCAUUAAGGUCCUGGCUCCCGACUUUGACCCUCCUGCUAUUGUGAGCAUUUGGGCAGUGAAGCAGUGGUUGGGAACUCUCUCUCUAUAUAUUUUUUCUCUCUCCUCCUGCCUCCAUCCCCUCUCAAAUAAACUUAAAAAAAUUCUAAGUCUUAAAAAAAGGAAGAAAUAUUAAUGAAAAUAGAUAAUCUCCUAAACUUGUUAAUUGACAGAUUUGUUACAGAUGUCAAUGCCCUGGGUGGUGAGGAUGUGACAAAAUACCUAGCAUUAUACACCAUUGUUAAAAAAAAAAAAAAAAAAAAAAAAACAUGGAUUAGUAUAAUCUUUACAGAAAGAAUUUGGAAAAAUGCAUAUACAACCAAAAAGAAUUUGGAAAAAUGCAUAUACAACCAAAAAAAAAGUUGCACUCCUUGCCCUAUUGAUUACACCCUGGAAUAUUUAUUUAAAAGAAGAUUUCUCUCAGUAUUUUUCAAUGAUAGUUGAUAAUUGGGAAACAUCUUAAAAUGUAAAAAUUAGGAUUAGCCAAAUAAAUUAUAGGCUGCUAACUUAAUGCAGGUCUUGCAUCCAUGAUGAGGUAGACUAUUUAAUGCCUAGAGACAUGAUAGGCAUAUCGUUAAUUGGGAAAAAGGAAGGUGCUAAAUAUUUUAUAACAUCAAAGUGGCAAUAUUAGCACCAGUAACUCUGCAAUUUGGGAUUAGAAAUAUAUUUUCCCCUGGUUAUUUAUGCCUAUAUACUUUUUAAUGUGUCCAUAUUUUGUUUUUGUAUUGAGAAAUUACUAAAUGUUACUAAAAUAUAAAUACGAAAAUAUAGUAACAAAACUCACUUUAUAAUCUUGAACAUGGAACCAUGAAAUUCAUUUAAAAUGGUGUGAGUUUGCAUCAUUAUAAUAAUCCUUUUUUAACACACUAGAAUAUCUUCAUAGGUUUUUGGCUUAUUUAAUCCAUUUUUUUGCUUUUUAAAGACUAGAUUCAAAAUUUCCCUGUAUUUAACAGUUUAUUAAUUUAAAAAUAUUAAAUUUGUUUGAAAGGUAAAGAGACAGAGUUCCCCUCUACUGGCUCACUUUCUAAGUGCUCUCUUUCUAAGGACUUAACUUGGACAGGGGUAGAACUAGGAACAGGGUCCCAAAUACUUGGGCCAUCACCACUGCUUCCCAGGGUCAGCAGUAGCAGGAAAUGAGUCAGGAGCCAAAGCCAGGAAUCAAACCCAGGUGCUUUGAUAUGAGAUGUGGGAGUCUUAAUAAACACCCAUUCGAAGAGAUUUUUUUUUGAUCUUUAAUAGGGUCAGCUCAGUGCAGAAAAAAAGCAUAAGUCUUUAAGUUAGACAGACUUGGGCACCAAGUUAGAUUUAUAUUUCUCUGUGACUUAGUAUGACUCUCAGUUUUCUUACUGAUAAAAUGAGAAUGAUUAAAAAUAGAAGAAUAGCGAAUAUUUGUCAACCACAUGCUACUAACCAGGCACUGUUCUCCAUGGCUCAAAUAUAUUAAUCCACAUAUAUUUAAUCGGCAACAACAACUCUUCAAGGUAAGUACUGUUAUAUAUGCUAACUUCAUAGAUGGGCAAAUCUAGAGGUUUAAACACUUGACAAAGUUUAAAUAGCUGUUCAGUAUUGCUUAAAACCUGAGCUUUUAACCACUGUGUUUAGUUGGCCUCUUAUGGGAAUCUGGAAUGCUUACAUGAGAAAUGAAAUAUGUGAUGCUGACUCCUGUGUCCAGCAUAUUGGGGGAGUUUCACAAACCAUAGCUGUUAGUUGUCAUUGUAGCACAGAGCAGCAAAACAGCAUUGGAAAACCUGCUUAUAAGCUGCUCACAUAAUGCUUGCAGCUUCUCUGGCUACAUCUUCAUAGUUAUAUGGAAUUUUUAGCAUCAGCAAAUCAUGCUGAUGUUCCCAAACAUAUAAAUAAUCAUUAACCAAUAACAGAAUAGUUGAAAGUUUACUUUUAAUUCCAGUCAGCUCCUUUGACUUCAAAUUAUCACAGCCUGCAUUUCUGGGAAUUGUCAAUACGAUUGUUUCCAAAUAGUACUAUUCCUGCUGGUUGUAUAUUUUAUUAAUCAUUUGCAGCAAUGAAUUUCUUAUCUUUCUUUUCAAAUAUGCUCCU